GGCCGGGCGGGAGCCGGACUGCGCGGGGCUGCGCGGCUGCGGGAGCGGGCCCGGCCCGGCGGAGCGGAACCGUAUCGGGAGCGGACGGGACCUGGAGCCUCGCGGGGGGCAGCGGGCGGGCACCAUGUCCCAGGACAGCCUGCAGGGUUUGGACGAGGGAGCGCUGAGAAAGAUGCUGGAGGCGACGCUGGACCUCGCCGAGCGGCGCCGCAUCCGCUCUGCCAUCCGGGAGCUGCAGCGGCAGGAGCUGGAGAGGGACGAGGAGGCGCUGGCCUCCAAACGCUUCCGCACCGAGCGCGGCAGCCACCGGCAGGACAACAAGGAGAACUGGCUGCGGUCCCAGCAGCUGGAGGAGCAGCAGCAGAAGGCUCUUGCCUCGCUGUCCCGGGAACUUGAGUCCAUCACUGAUGUGGAGGAGCUGACGAAGCUGCUGCGGGCAGCCAGCGAGUACGAGGAGCGCAAGCUGAUCCGCGCCGCCAUCCGCAAGCUGCGGGCUGAGGAGAUCGAAGCUGCAGCCCUGGCUGGGAACGUGCAGAGCAGCCGCAGGGAUGGUGCUGAGCCUGCAGCCGUGCCCGCAUGUGCAGAACGCAGCAGGAGGGAUGAUGCUGAAACAACAGCUCUGGUUGGGAACGGGGAGAGCUCCCACAGGGCAGGCUCGGAGCUGCCGGCCGUGGUGAGCGUGGAGAGCAGCACUGAGCCCGGGGAGAACAACCAGAGGGGUGAUACUGAACAGCCAGUGCUGAGCAGGACGGAGGAGAGCAGCCGUGGGGGGGAUGCAGACAGACUGCCUGCAGAGGAGCCUGAACGCUCCGUGGCUCGUGAGCAGGAAGAAGAGCAGGAGCACAGGCAAGCUGAGCUGCAGGACCUGAGCAGCCAACAGCUGAGAGAAGCCCAGAAACCCCCUGCCCAGGCUGCAGCCUCAGGGACCGUGGUGCUGCUGGACCUGCACCCAUCCCUGGAGCCCACUGCAGCCCCACAGCCCGAAGAGCACACAGCAGAGGUGGAGCUGCACACCGGGCGGGCACCUGAGUGUGAGCUGCAGUACCAGGAGGAGAGCUCUGGCAGCUCCUGUCCUGCACAGGAGCCCAUCGUGGAGCCAGCAGAGGCCCCGUGCAGCACAGGGCAGAGCCGCCAGGCGGAGCAGCACGGCCCGGCACAGCCCUGCGCUGUCACUCAGAGUGGCCAGUUUGUCAUCUGCGUGCGAGGCCAGGUGUCGGGGAAGGCUGUGAUGCCACAGGAGAAGCCAGCAGCACCCACCCAGAGCACAGCACGGACCCCAUCUCGCCUCAACGCUCAGCGCUGGGAGCAACCCCCCUCCUCGCCGUGCCCGCAGGGCCACGCAGAGCCGAGCCCCGUGCAGCGCUCCUCCUCGGUGCGGGAACGCGCGCAGCGCUUCACCCCUUCGGGCGCGACCCCGGUGGGCACCGCGGGGCGGCAGCGGGCGGCGGCGGGCGGCCCCGAGGGGGCGGGCGGCGCUGCGGGGCGGGCCGGGCCCGGCCAAUGGCAGCGGGGCCCUCGCACGGCCCCGUCGGGCCCCGUUCAAAACGCGAGGGGAGCCGGUGACGGAGGAGCAGAGCAGCGCCCGCCGCCCGCCGGCCCCCGCCCCGCCGGUACCGGCCCCACCGCCGCCCACGACGGCAUGAAGACGUACUUCACCAUCGAGAUCAAGGAUGGGCGCGUGCAGCCCCACACGCAGUCCGUCACGCCCCGCAUCGUGGCCGCCCCCGGCAGCCAGCGGGCAGAGCUCACCCUGGGGCUGAGGAGCACUCCCAUCCGCAUCACCGCCAUCCCCAGCAGCACCGGCGGCAUCUGCAGCAUCAGCACCAGCAGCAAUGUCAUCAAACCGAUGGAAGCAGAGCUGGUGGUGGAGCAGCCCCAGGCACCGAGGCUGCAGCCAGAGCUGCCCAAUGGCAUGGAGAAGGUCCAAGUGAGGGAAGUGGAGAAAAGGAGCAAGCUGAAUGUCGAGGAGUUGAACAGGAUUGAGGACGAGGAUGUUCUGGAUAAGAUGCUGGAUCAGACCACAGACUUCGAGGAGCGACGGCUGAUCCGUAAUGCCAUGCGGGAGCUACGCCAGCGCAAGAGAGACCAGCGGGAGAAGGAACGGGACCAGCGGCUGCAGGAGGUGAAGAGCCAGGCUACAGUGAGCAGGGCUGGCCACAACACUGAGACCACCACCACGCAGAGCACCCAGUCAGCCGACGGCUCAGCCCGCAGCACUGUCACCAAAACCGAGCGCCUCAUCCAGUCUAAUGAUGGCAGCAAGACUUCCCGCACAACAACCAUGGAGUCGAGUUAUGUGAAGAGAUCAGACAAUGGCAGCAGCAGCACGUUUGUUCAAACCAAAUCAUCCUACAGCUCAUCUUCCAAGAAGACAGGCAGCAUCUUUGACCGGGAGGAUGAGAGUGCCUCAAGGCAGAGCAGCCUGGCUGCACUGGAACGGCGUCAGGCUGAGAAGAAGAAGGAGCUAAUGAAAGCUCAGAGCCUGCCCAAGACAUCAACGUCACAGGCUCGCAAGGCCAUGAUUGAGAAGCUGCAGAAAGAGGGCGGGAGCUCUCCAAACCCGGCGGCACCGCGUGCAGCUGUGCAGCGCUCCUCCAGCUGUGGUGUCCCCAAUGCCAACAGCAUCAAGCAGAUGUUGCUGGACUGGUGCAGGGCUAAGACCCGGGGCUAUGAGCAUGUGGACAUCCAGAACUUCUCCUCCAGCUGGAGCGACGGCAUGGCCUUCUGUGCUUUGGUCCACAACUUCUUUCCAGAUGCUUUUGACUACAGCAAGCUCACACCUCAGAACCGCCGUCACAACUUCGAGGUGGCGUUCUCCUCUGCAGAGAAGCACGCUGACUGUCCGCAGUUGCUGGACGUGGAGGACAUGGUCCGGAUGCGCGAGCCGGAUUGGAAGUGUGUGUACACAUACAUACAGGAAUUCUAUCGCUGCCUGGUCCAGAAGGGGCUGGUAAAAACCAAAAAGUCGUAGCCCAUUUUCACCCCCGGGAGCGAUGGAUGCUGGCGGACUGCGUGCCCCUGGUGGAGGUGGAAGACAUGAUGAUCAUGGGGAAGAAGCCAGACGCCAAGUGCGUCUUCACCUACGUGCAGUCCCUCUACAACCACCUGCGUCGCCACGAGAUGCGCAUGCGGCAGAAAGAGUGCUAGAGCCUGCCCUGCCUGCGGCUGCCCGACACCUCACUGCCCCCUCCCUGCAGGGACGCUGGUGUGCGGAGGAGCUGCUGCCCCAUGGAGAGGCUGGCAGUGGGGGUGGAGAGGCUGUGGGGCUGGCGCUGGACAAAGGCAGGGGCUCCUGGUCACCCGUUGCUUCGGCCUUGCUGGAGCUCCUCAGUCAGCCACUGCCCCAGCUGGCUGCCAGCUGAAUGUACGGGCAGGGCAGAACGGUGCCAGGUAGGCGCUGCCUAGGAUGCUAGGAUCCCUGCAGCCAGCUUGGCUCUCCUCCCCUCUGCCAUACUCUAGUGUGUUAAGUUAUUCAUUCUCAAGGAGUUCUUUUUACGUGGGCAGUGUCUCUGCUUCCCCAGGGAGGCUGGGGCAGCACAGUACCCUUGGGCCCUGAGUGUCUGGGUCUGUGUGUCUGUGUGGCUCAGCCCAUGGACCCUGCAAGCCAGGGCCUGGGUGGGCGCUGCUGGUUUUGGUGCAGCCGGGAGGCAGAGUGCCCUGCUCCCCAGGCGGCCUGAGAGCAGUUCUGGGCCCCCUGCAAGGAAGCCCCUCUGCCCACCACAGUCCCUGCUUGGUGCCACCUCCCUGGGGACGGCCCUGUGCCAACACCCUGCUUCCCACCGCACGCACGUGCCCAGGGCGCUUCCACGGCGGGGACCUGCAGCACCCCUGUGCUGGGGAGCUGGAGGGGAGCGGGGAGGGCCCCGAGGAGCGCGGGGCCAGGGCCAGGACCAGACAGCCCCCGCGCUCCUCCCCAGCUCUGGGCACCUCGUGCUCAGUGCCACUCGCCCCUUCAUCACAGUCUACACCUGCGUUGACACGUGUACCAACACCAGCCAGACAAUAAAAGUUUAUUCUAUAGGG